UCGCGUAGCUCUGGAAAGAUGGCGGCGCAGGUGGUAGAUCUGCUGCGGGAGGUGGCGCGGCUGGAGGCACCGCUGGAGGAGCUCCGGGCCCUGCAGGCUGCCGUGCAGGCGGUUCCUCUCAGCUCUCUCCGGGAACAGGCGGCUGAGCUCCGGCUCGGGCCUCUCUUCUCGCUACUCAACGGGAAUCACCGGGAGCAGACUACCUUGUGUGUGUCCAUCCUGGAGAGAUUUCUCCAAGCCAUGGAACCAGUCUACGUGGCCCGAAACCUUAGGGAUGAACUGCAUAGGGGACUAUCUCACCCUGAUGAUGCUGUGGUAAUCCUUACUCUGUCCCAGGUUGGAAGAAUUGUAGAAAAUUCAGAGGCCAUUACUGAGACUCUCAAUAGUCCUGAAUUACUGAAGGAAAUAAUUUAUUGCAUUGGUGCAGAAAAAUUGGCUGUAGCUAAAGCGGCCAUCAAGUCAUUGUCAAGAAUAUCCUUAACUCAAGCUGGAUUGGAGUCUUUAUUUGAAAGCAGCCUGCUAGAUGAUUUGAAAAAUGUAAUGAAAACAAGUGACAUUGUACGGUACAGAGUCUAUGAGCUGAUUGUGGAGAUUGCCUCUGUGUCACCAGAAUCCUUAAAAUACUGUACCAGCAGUGGAUUAGUAACCCAGCUUAUUAGAGAGCUGACUGGUGAUGAUGUGCUAGUCAGAGCCACCUGUAUAGAAAUGGUGACAUCAUUGGCAUACACUCAUCAUGGACGACAGUACCUUUCCCAAGAAGGAAUAAUUGAUCAAAUAUCUAAUAUCAUCGUUGGGGCAGAUUUAGAUCCUUUCUCCAGUUUCUAUUUGCCAGGAUUUGUCAAAUUUUUUGGCAACCUGGCAAUAGUGGAUAGCCCUCAACAGAUCUGUGAACGAUACCCAGUCUUUGUAGAAAAAGUUUUUGAAAUGGCAGAAGGUCAGGAUCCGACCAUGAUAGGAGUAGCAGUGGACACCCUAGGGAUCCUGGGCUCAAAUGUGGAAGGAAAACAGGUUUUACAAAAAACAGGAAGUCGGUUUGAACACCUGCUAAAGAAAAUAGGACACCAGGCAAAGAAUGCUUCAACAGAACUAAAAAUUAGGUGCUUGGAUGCAAUUUCAUCUCUUCUUCAUUUACCACAUGAUCAACAGACUGAUGAUCUCCUAAGAAUGACAGAAUUCUGGUUCUCAUCUUUAACUCAGGAACCACUGGAACAUUUUAGGGGUAUCAGCACCCAACCUUUCCCUGAGCUGCACUGUGCUGCAUUAAAAGUGUUCACAGCUAUUGCAAACCAACCCUGGGCUCAGAAACUUAUGUUUAACAGCCCAGGGUUUGUGGAAUACAUUGUGGAUCGGUCUGUGGAACAUGACAAAGCUUCAAAAGAUGCCAAAUAUGAACUAGUGAAAGCCCUUGCAAACUCAAAAACAAUUGCAGAAAUCUUUGGAAACCAAUAUUAUUUAAGACUAAGAGCUUACCUGAGUGAAGGCCCAUACUUUGUGAAGUCUGUUUCAACUACAGCUGUGGAAGGAGCAGAAUGAGUUGCACAAAAUUCAUUUUAGGGGACCAGUCUUCAUGACCAAGACAUCUUCCAAAGAUCUUUGAGGUUUUUUUUCUUUUUGUUUUGUAUUUAACAUAACAGAUAGAAAAUACUUCUAGCUAUAAUUGCACUUUAAAAAAAAUUAUCAUGGUAUGUUUAAGGUAGACUAACAACUAUGCAUUUGUUGUUGCUGUAUUUGAAGUACAUUGUGGAACUGGGGUUUGGAGCUCUUUGAUUGUAAAAUGAAAAUAUUCCAUAUUGCAGGGGACUUUGGUCAUUAUUUGAACUAUGUAUUUUUCUGCCUUCCUAAAUACACAUGAUCUUGCCAAAAUUGCAUGUAAUUUAAAAAAAUAUAGCCACAAAUGCUAGGAAAUUCUUUGCCCUAGAGAUGCGCAAAUUGAAAAUGCUUCCUCCCACAAAGAAUCCUGCUUUAUUCAGAAGAGAAGCAAAUUGCAUUAGGAAUUCUCUUCUACUCCUAGCCGACCUUUUUGUUCUUUAUCCCACUAUCUCGUCACUAUUGAAUGUGCAUACUCUUUAGAUUAUAAAGCAGUGUGGACUCCUAAAAUUAUGUGUUCUCAUCUUUAUAAUUCAAGUAAACCAUUUUUAAUAAGGUCUCUUUGGUGAGCUUUUGGGGUGAGUUUUUAUAAUUGUUGUCUUUUCUAAGAAAUUGAAACAUUCUGUGACUUAAGGAAAAUCCAGGGGAUAAAAAAACCUUCCAACUUGAAAUCUUGUUUUGAUAACUUUUUGCUGUAACUACUGAAUUGCAUCUGUUCUGUUUUUAUAUCUGACUCUUCCCACUUUUUUCCCGUUGCACUUGAUUAAAAAACUCUCCCUGGCAA